GUUGCUUUUGGAAACUUUGGCCAUUUUGGUGAACUUGAGCUUUGGCUACAUUACAGUAAAAAGCAACUCUUUUUCUUUGACAACAGAGAAAAAAAGAUCAUUAAUUUGGAUACCCAUAUGUUAACCUCUCUUCUUCAUUUUGGGUUUCAUAUGUUCUGAACUUUGUAUCAUAGUUACUGUUUUCUUUUGGUUUUACAUGAAUUGCCGUGUUCUGUCCUGGGUUCAUGGCUGGUGCUACUACUGCCUCCCAGAUCUUUGAGAACCAUAACAUCAGCAGCAGCAGCAACACCGACCAUGAAAUCAGCAAGCAAGAAAUCCAAGCUGCCAUUGCCAAAGUAGUGGAGCUGAGAGCUCUUCAUGCUGCGUUAAUGCAAGGGAAUAGCCUCACCAAUGUGAGAUUCCCGUCUCCUUUCCCUGCUUCACUCCCUGGUACUCAGUUUUCGGCCAAAGAUUACCCUGUUUUCACACCUACUAGCUAUGAGGAGGAAACUCUGUCAGGGUAUCAAGAAAUUCAACUAGAAGAAGGAACAUUAUCAGAAAGUUGGGAUGAGUACGGGCUUGAAAGAAAUGACAACGAAACUUUUCUAUCAGAUUAUAAGGAAAAUUCAUCCUCAAGAAAGGUAUUGCCUUUUGGUUUGGCCAGUUUAGAAUCCCAUAUUUGUCCAACUGAGGAUUACAACUCUGUCACUGGUUCCUGUGCAAACCACACUGCUCUGCUUCAAACGUCACCCGGGAAUGACUAUUUCAAGUUAGGCAGAAGAAAUGGUAUGGGGUACUUCGAAUCGGUGUCAACCUGCAAUAGGUGCAAGCCUGCAAUUAUCACUACUGAAUCUAAAAAUGCAACAAGGAAGAGCAAGAAUUCUAAUACUGUUUUCCCAUUAAAAUCACAACCGAAGAAUCGGGGACGGGGAGUGAUUGCAUGGCUGUUUCCUAGGUUACAGAAGAAGCAUAAGAACAAGAAUUCCUCGAAUCGAAUAGAAUCCGAGGAAGUGUCCCGGAUCUUUAAAGACCAGGGGAUAGUGUCAAUUGAUAUAUUGAAGAAAGAGCUCAUAGAAGCAAAUGAAAAUGGAGACGCGGCCUUAAUGGAAGUUGCUGAGAUGAAAUCUUCAAUGGUGGAGCUUAAACAGAAGCUAGAGUAUUUGGAGACUUACUGUGAAGAGCUGAAGGAAGCUUUGAGACAAGCUACGCAGGCGAAGGAUUCCCAAGUUCCUGAAAAGGUUGAAAUUUUUGGUAAUAGAGGGAAAUCCUUAGAUGGAAAUGGAGAAAAUUCAAUGUCUGUGAGCAAGGAAGUAAUGGAGGAAGGUUUCUUGCAGAUGGUAUUAGAAGCAAGAUUGUCUGUAAGGCAAUUCUGCAAGACCCUUGUUGGCCAGAUUGAAGAAACCGAUCACAGUUUAAUAAACAACUUGAAUAUGCUUCUUCAACCCUAUGAACUGUCUUUGAAUUCCAUAUACUCAGAGUCAGUGUCAUACCAUUUGGAAGCUUUCAUAAACCAGGCAUUCUACCAAGACUUCGAGAACUGUGUAUAUCAGAAGAAUGGGACACCAAAGUUCUUAGAUCCCAAACAAGAUCGCCAAAAGCAAUUCUCAUCAUUUGUUGCACUGAAGAACCUAAGUUGGAAUGAGGUAUUGAGGAAGGGGACUAAGUAUUACAGUGAAGAAUUCAGUAAAUUUUGUGACCAGAAAAUGAGUUGCAUUGUUGCCACGCUGAAUUGGACAAGACCAUGGCCUGAACAGCUGCUUCAAGCAUUCUUUGUUGCAGCCAAGUGCAUAUGGUUGCUUCAUUUGCUUGCCUUUUCCUUCAACCCUCCAUUGGGAAUUUUAAGGGUUGAAGAGAAUAAAAGCUUUGAUCCCUAUUACAUGGAGGACAUGUUCACGGAAAGGCAGAGGUCACACAGUCCUAGCAGUAGCCGAGUUAAGAUCAUGGUGAUGCCAGGGUUUUAUGUUCAAGAACGGAUUCUGAGGUGUAAAGUUCUUUGUGGGUAUUGUUAAGAGCUAAAAGAAAUGAAGAAAAAAGUUUGAAUUUUUGAGUAAUGAUAUCUCUGCCAUUCUUUUACAACUUAA